CGAUGAGAACUUUUACUAAGAGAGAGAGAGCUUGUGAAUUCCUGGUUGAGGUCAUUGUUUAUGAGAGCUUACAGAGGUUUUGGCUCAUGUCCUGAAGUUUUUUUUUUCUCUGCUCCCUCUGUCUUUUAAAGCUGCGCUGCCUCCGCACAUUUCACCUCUCGGCUAAACCCACCGGACACACACACAGAGACACACAGACUCACUACUGCUCCUACUACUGCUGCUGCUGCUGCUGCUGCUGGUGGUGGUGUUGAGUGACACACAGAGACACAGACGCACUACUACUGCUGCUGCUGCUGCUGGUGGUGAGGAGUGAAAGACAUCUCAUCUGUUUGCUUUGGAGAGGUCCCAGGAGCUAUCUCACCUCCACCAUGACCGACCGCUUCGACUGCUACUACUGCCGAGACAACCUGCACGGGAAGAAGUACGUGAAGAAGGACGAGAAGCACGUGUGCACCAAGUGCUUCAAUAAGCUCUGUGCCAACACCUGCGUAGAGUGCAAACGCCCCAUCGGUGCUGACUCCAAGGAGCUGCACCAUAAGAACCGCUACUGGCAUGAGGACUGUUUCCGCUGUGCCAAGUGCUACAAGCCGCUGGCCAGCGAGCCGUUCAACGCCCGGGAUGAUGGCAAGAUAAUGUGUGGCAAGUGUGGCUCCCGGGAGGACGGCAACCGGUGCCAGGGAUGCUACAAGGUGGUCAUGCCAGGAUCCCAGAACGUGGAGUACAAGAACAAGGUGUGGCACGAGGAAUGCUUCACCUGCUUUGAAUGCAAGCAGCCGAUCCGCACACAGAGCUUCCUGAACAAGGGUGAUGACAUCUACUGUGGACCGUGCCAUGACAAGAAGUUUGCCAAGAAGUGCUUCCACUGCAAGCAGCCCAUCACAACUGGGGGGAUCAGCUACCAGGACCAGCCCUGGCACUCUGAGUGUUUCGUGUGCAAAACCUGCCGUAAAACUCUGGCGGGAGCUCGCUUCACUUCCCACGAGAACGACGUUUACUGCGUGGACUGCUUCAAGACCGAUGUGGCCAAGAAGUGCCAUGGAUGCAAGAACCCAAUCACAGGGUUUGGCCAUGGCACCAACGUGGUGAACUAUGAGGGAUUCUCUUGGCAUGAGUAUUGCUUCAACUGCAAGAAGUGCUGCCUCUCGCUGGCCAAUAAGCGCUUCGUCAUCAACGGAGAUCACAUCUACUGCCCUGAUUGUGCUAAGAAGGUGUGAACAGUGCAGAGGAUCACUGUUUAAAGUGGAAUUACACCAAAACUGACUUUUAGACUGUUAAUUUGAUAAAGAACAUAUUUUUUUUGGUGAGUGAAAUUGAAGCCUCAAGAUAAUAGAAGUGUCUGAAUUAAUAGUCAAAACAGUCAAUUUUGGUGAAACUUCUCUUUACGAGGUUGACAGAAUAUAGACUAUUUCAACUAAAUAUGCACUAGCUUGAGUCAUUUAUCUACAUUAUACAUUACCGCAACUUGUUUCAGUGUUGGAUACUAACAUGGCACCAGGAUUUCUUUUGUGGGAUUGUGAUGUGCACCAUUAGUCUAAUCUAAUCCAGGAUUUUGUGAGACCUUUUCAGUGCCUUACUGGAAUCUUUCAGAGAGAAUAAUAAUCAUUUACAUGCAUACUGCUGCUGCUCAUACAUACAUACCAGCUUUCAUUAAUAAUCUGUUACAGUCACGUUUGAAUGGAUUAUUUCAAUAAACUGUUUAGAGUGACUUUAAAAAUUAGGAUGCUGAAAUAUAAACUGCUCAUGUAUUCAAGACUAUUAUGAGUGAAGUUAUAUGCAAAACAAGAAUAAAAAGAAGGACGUGA